UGUUUCGCGGAGAAGUUUGUGUAGUUUCGACAAACUCUGGACACAACCAACAAAUCGAGCUUAGGAGAAGCUAAACUGUUCACUCAUACCUUUAAAUUUCGCUGUAGGGCUUGUCAUUUCAACGUAACUAUAUUAAAUGUUGUUUCUAAGGUGACCUUGCUUAAUUGGUCAUCAUUAAGUUGGCGUUAUCUCAAAAAAAAACAAAAAACGGCGGAGACCCGAGCGGGCGGUUGAGGAUUUGUACGCCACUCAGGUUAAAAUUAACGGCUAAUUGCUGUUUCGUUUAAUGGUCCAGAUAACGUUAUUCCUGAAUGGGCUGUUGGUUUAUUUUUAACAGUUAAUGAAUAGACUCCUAAUUCCUUGGAGAGUCUCGCAUCCUCCGCCGGGUGGUCUCGUAUGAACCGUGUCGAGGCGGCGACGAGGGGUCGGGGGCUCCGCCAGCAGAGCCGGGUUUCAGGAUGAGGAUGCCCAGAGGAGGACGCCUGUUCUUGGCGACGUGCCUUGGCUCGCUCUUCGUUCUCGUGCUUUACUAUCAGAGCAUCACCAAGCCAGAACCUGGUGUGAAGACAGACAGCAGUCCAGGGAAAAGUAGGAGAAGUCCUCUGCAGACCCUCUACAAUGGAGACCAGCAGCUGGAGCUGUUGGCAGCUCAGAGGUCCCUCCAAGGUCGCAGGGAGCUGCUGGAGCAGACGUGUCUGAGCCACAUGAGGAAGCGCCAAGUGCUUUCGUCUGAUGAUCUCAAACACCUCAUCGUGGAUGACAAACACAGCCUUAUUUACUGCUACGUACCCAAGGUAGCCUGCACUAAUUGGAAGCGUGUCCUUAUGGUCCUCACAAGCGACGGCCGCUACACCGACCCCCUUGCCAUCCCUGCAAACGAGGCCCAUGUGGCAGGUAACCUCCGCACACUUUCCGAGUUCUCAGUCCCCGAGAUCAACCAUCGCCUUCGCAGCUACCUCAAGUUCAUCUUCGUGCGGGAACCCUUUGAGCGCCUGGUGUCCGCCUACCGUAACAAAUUCACCCGUAGCUACAACACCGCUUUCCACAAGCGCUACGGAACCAAGAUCAUCCGCCAGCACCGUCCCAGCCCAGAGCCUGAAGCGCUGGAGAAAGGGAAUGACGUUACUUUCAACGAGUUUGUGCAGUACCUGGUGGACCCUCGGACCCAACGGGAGGAACCUUUUAACGAGCACUGGGAGCGGGUGCACUCCCUGUGCCACCCCUGCCUGAUCCACUAUGACGUAGUGGGGAAGUACGAGACUCUGGAGCCAGAUGCUCAGGCUGUGCUCAGGUUGGCUGGGGUGGAGGGGACACUUCAGUUUCCCACGUCUGGUAAAAGCACCAGGACUGAUGGUAACAUGGCAGCACGCUUCUUUAAGCACAUCAGUCCUUUCUACCAGAAGAAACUGUUCAACCUGUAUCGAAUGGACUUCCUGCUCUUCAACUACUCCACGCCAGAGUACCUCAGGACUCGAUGAAGGGCAGGACAAAACAGAAUUGACAUCACUGCCAUGGUUGUUUGAUAGUUGGGAUGAUUUUUGUAUUCAUAUUGCUUUCAGACUUUCUGUUUGUGAUCGUUUUGCACUUUUUGGUUGCCAUGGCCAAUUUUCAUCGCUGCCUGGAGCGGUCCUUCACAAGUACCGACUUGUUACUGUGACGCUCCAACAAAAACAGAUGCGGAGACUUGAUGUUUUGGUUCCAGUGAAUUGAACUUUGUGAAUGCAACCAAAUUUCUUCCUGAGAAGAACAGACAGACGGUUUGCGCUGCAAUCUACCGAGCAUCUGCCAUAUUUGUCGGUUUGUUUUCUGGUGUGAAAACAGUGUAUUGUUUUGAAAUUUGGCAGAGCAGAAUGCAGAUGGGUUGUUCCCAAAAUGUGUUUGAAAAUGCAGGUGACACACAAACUGUCUCUACAAACAGCUCCUGUCUGUCGGGGCUUUAGAUUUAGUUAGAAUUCAGUAUUUAUUUUUUAUGCACCUGAUUGCUCUCUCUCUAGAAAUAACUUUCUCAAAUUGAGCAAACCUUUCUUUGACUUUCAGUUCUGUUGUCUGUUAAACAUGCUCAACAAGUUGGUGUGAUAUGCCUUCCCAGCAUCCCUGCUGUGCCCACUACAGUAGUUCUCCCAUGACUUGGUCUUUUGAGAACUAAUGAGCCAUAAAUUAAAGUCAGACUUCUGAGGAGCAGGUUCUCCUCUUCCAUGGGUGGUGUACAGGUGAACAUGCUGACUGUGAAACUGAACACAGCAGAAUCAUUUAGAGCACCUACAGCAGAAUAUCGAUGGAUGGCAUUUAUUUAUGUAUGUCAGUGCAUGAAGUAUUUAUUGUUAUGGAAACGUGUGUGUAUUAGUAAGGAUUUGGGCUCAUGAUUUUGUGAAAAUGAACUUUUAUAUGAAAGAAGCGAGGGGUUUCUCUUUUUCAGAGUCCUACUUUUUACUUGCUUUUUUGGCUUUUGCACAUAAACUCAUGCCAAAUAGGAAUCUUCAAGACAAUUCAAAGGCCAUCACAGCCCGUUGUGUGGGCUCUCCAUACAUAACUUGUCACAGCACUCGUCGACCCCAUCUUACACACAUAUCUGAGUCAUUUCCAGGGAAACUCGCAGUUACUCCUUAAUUCCAGUAAAAGUUUGUUGCCAUCCCUCCUCUAUCACUGUCUGUAUUUAGCUCUGGGCAGGUAGGCUGAACAAACAACCACAUAACUGUGGUCAGGGCAGGGUCCAGCCCAGCUCUACUCCCGCUCAGAGCUCCCCUUGUUAGGGUGAAUGCAGGCACAUGGAGGGGUUAAUCCACCUACAGGCAUCUCCACUGCAGGGCCUUGUUCAGCAAAUGGGAUGGAAUUUAUGUUAAAAAUAAUACAGAUUUUAAUGUAGGAACAUGUUUAUUAAAAGCCUGCACUGUGAAAAUAUCAAAUAUUACAAAUGUCCUUAAAUGGUCUUAAAUGUUUAAAGGGGAACUACACACCAGAGUCUGUUUACAGGUGUUGGGGA